UAAAAAAUUCCGCUCGCAGGACACGCGCCCGCAACCCUUGCUGCCUCUUCACCUUUUCUCUUCAUUCAUCCACCCCACUAUCUCCCUCCUCACCCUCCGCGUCGGCCUCGCUGAGCUCGCCACCAGGUCCGCCUUCACUCUGCCGCGUCGAUCCCCCGAGAAACUCCCGUAGCACCGUUGCCUGUCAGCCAAGGAGCAGCCGACACCCGAUUCGCGUCCAGGAGCAGGGUGAUCUCCUUCCUUCUACCGGAAAUUUACGGGGCUAGGUCGCCGUCCUCGCCUCCUUCCCCAACCGAGCGGACGGCCGCGACGAGCCCCUCGACGACCGCUUCCUCCUCUCGAGCAGGAUCCGGAGCCGCGGGCUCCUUCUUCCUCCUCGACGUCAAGUCGCCGUUGCCGCUGGCCGAAGCUCCGUGCCGGCCUCCCUCGCCCUCCUUCGCCUCUGCUGACCUCGGAUUUGAGCCCAGGAGAAAAAAAAUGACAGGGGUAAAGCAGAAACCACACCCUAGGAGAAAAUCAAGAAAGGUUCAACAGCCAAAGAAUUCACCCAAGGAAAAGCUAAUGAAAGAGCCCGCUGGUCAAGACACUGAUGAACGGAGUGAUCUUCAAGUGGGAAGUGUUGUAGAUCCUGUUCUACCCAGUGCUAAAUUUGAACCUGAACCUCCUACUGUUCCAUUGUUAACUGGAGACAGUGCAUGGCUGUAUGCGGCUCGUGGUCUUGACCUUUCUUCUGGCACUCUGCCUGAGAAUUUGUGCACCGGAGGCGUUGUAACUUCAUAUAUUAUUGAGCAAGUUCCCAAAGAACAAUCACCAGACACUUUAUGUCAAGGGUCUUUUAAGUUUCAACAUGAUAAUGGUGGAACUGAUUCUAUUAGGUGCUCAUUCAAAUUUGCGAAGUCUGUAAUUCACGCAAUGGAAUUAUACUCUGCAGCAAUUCGUGUCUCAAGUCCAGGUCUUGGAAAGAUAUAUUUCACUACAUAUUGUGUUCCUUUGGCUUGCUAUAUCGUGGUGUAUGAACCGUUGUUACAUUAUGAUGAUCUUCAUCAUAACAAAAAAGCAGAAGAUUCAAUCUGUAAUUCCAAUAAAAUUAUAAAAAAGAGGUGGCUAGCUAACAUAAGGAAUAUUUAUGAGGGCCUCGAUUUACUUCACUCAUUGCGCAUAAGUCAUCCUUUGACAAAUAAGGUGUUUAGUUACAUGUGGUGCAAGACAGAGGACGGAUCUAUUGGAUCUGUAAAGUUAAUAGGUGCAAAUGGAAGCAUGCAAACAAUGACCAAACACAAUAAUACAGUGAGUAGAGAGCGAGAUGAACGUGCGGAUGUUUUACAUUUCCUUGAGAAACUUCGUAUUGCGGAGUGCCCUGAUUAUCCGUCAUUCAGAUGGCUUGUUGAAAACAGUGUUUCUGCUAAAGCGAUUCUGGGGCAUCCACUGCUUACUAAAUCAGACGAGGCCAUAGUUGAUGUAUAUUACUGGUUACACGAGUCCGUGUUAAGCCUAGAUGGAAAUCAACGCAGUAUGUUGCAGAAUGAUCUGAAUGCCAAAUUCCCUACUUUAGCAAAUACUUGGAGAAACACAGUGAAGUCAAGUACUGCUUUUGUGGGAGUGAAAGUUGCUAAGUACUAUGAUGAUCUCUUGGAUCUACUGCGCUUUGUCAGGAAUUAUAUUGAACACAAGCGUGACGAAGCGUUAUACAUUUAUUCACGUGUGAACCAUAAGAACAUUGUCGUCGAAUUAUCAAAGGCAUUCCCGACAUUCUUGGCCUGGGUUUACACCUAUAUUAAACUUUUUUGAAAAAGAACUUGUUACUGAAGAAACAUUUCCUCUCUGUGAAGCUGGUGGGGUUAUGUAAUGAGGGCUUCAAUGGCUGGUGGCUCAGCUCAUUCAAGCGUUUAGUGUUCAGUUUAAUUGGGGGUUUGCUUGGAAGUUUAAAGAACAUUCAGUUGGCAGCUUCUUGGUUCAAACUGUCCCUAAUUUGGUCUACAUGGAACUAAGAGUGUGGUAAGAACUACAAAGUGGAUUGACUCUGCAGUAGAAAAAAUGAAGCUCUAUUCAGUCUGAGCGAGGUCUUUUCGGGUUCCAAUUUUGAUGAGACAUAGAGAUGGCUCCUCGGAGACAGAAUCCAUGUUAUGGACUGUACAACUGUGGAUAUACUAGUGUAUUGGUCACAUGGAAUUAUUAGAAUCAAGGCCAGAGUCAGGGACCCUAAGGAAAUCCCUAGAACUGCAAUUGAGGAAAUAGUGGAGGGUGGCCCUUUACUUGAUGGCAUGUUGAUCAGCAACAGGGAUAAUGUCUCUAAAGGAGGGAAUAUGACACCAAAAAGACCAAAAGGUGGCGGCUCAGAUAAUGCAUCUGUUUCUAAUGGCACUUGUACUAUGAAUGUUGAUGGAGUUAUCUCUGGUCAGUUCAGCUGUAAGUGGAGAUAAUAUCUGUUAUAGAACAAGUGGUGAUCCUAGAGCAUGGCCGAAACUUUACAAUCCCUAUUCUUAUGUAGGCAAGUUCACACACGGCAAGUUUUACUAUUAUCAAUGGAAGAAGUUCUGAUAUGUCCACCACUGAGGCCAGACCAGUAGGCCAUAUGGGUUGCUUCUUGAUUCUAACCACGAAGAAUUUUAUUUUGUUAGGAAGGGUUCAUUUUCUCUCUUCCGGUGUUUGGAAGAUCUGGAGCAACUUAUUUAUGGUUCUUCAGAUGAAUGGGGGAAAUCUCGGUGGUGUUGGAAUGAACUUACUGGACGACAUACCUGACUCUGGAACCCUCAUUGAAGUCCUUAGGUGCAUGUGCCAUGUAAACCAUCUACUGGGGUGAUCUUCUGCUGCAAUAUAUUACGAGUCCCUCACCAGUUCUGUUAUAUCAUCUGAUUAAAUUGUUACUCAGAUAUUAAAGAAACUGGCUAACGUGUUUGCUCACCCCAUUCACAAACAUGGAGGCAAGUGCCUGUCGUGCCCAAGUUUAGGCAAGAGUGGCUGCACAUGUGGGGUCUGUUGAAGUAUAUGUGGAACCUACAGUUACUCCCUCCGUCCAGCCUUGUACUGCUGCCCACGAGAAAUAUGCAUGAUAGGAAGAGGAGGUGCCCGCAGAAGAAUGACCCGUGCAUGCAUCGCAGCUGGGCGUUGAUUAGGCAAGAAGUUGAUGACAGUCUUGCAUGCGUUCACGUAGGUGGCCUGAGAGAGCUCAAACAGCAUCCUAAUAAGUAGCAAAUCAAUGCUGAUUUUGCUUCCGCUUAAAACAGCGCUGUGAUUGGAAGUUUUUCUAGUUGUGGUGCUGCUCCUCGUCCAAUCUUAAGCCACCUAGGUCGCGCUGCUCCUUCUAAUGUGACUUAUUCACCUAGACGGAGGGAGUACUAUCUUUCCAUAAAUUGCAAUCAAGAUCUACUCCCUGGUUGGCUGUAUUUGAUGUGAUUGAGAGCUUCAUGAAGUGUUUGAACACGAAGAUCACCAUACAAGAAUGAAUUGAAGAAAGUUUGUGAUUUAAAUUCCGUGUUAUUUGUUCAGGCUACAUAGAACGAUGUUUGAGUGCUUUUGAUCUAUUCUCAGUUAUUUGGUUGGUGUCGGUGGGCAGGGCUCAAAUUUCAGUAUGGGCCCACCAAGUACUAGUUGAGAUUUCAGAAGGAAGGCUUCAUGCAGGUUUGUGGCGUUCAGUUGAGCUCAGCAACAUCUCGCUGCGCGAGAAUCAUGGUCGCCAUUUGGUGGAUCUUAUGAGUAUGCUGGACAUAGCUGUUGCAUCUCUGGGAGUCAAAGACCGUUAUGUAGAGUACAAUGCUGUCAGGUGCCACCUUCUACUAGAAAUGUAGCUCAUCUUCAGAAGACAAAUAUUCUUGUGUUGAUAGGUCAACUUCUUAUCUGCACGUGCAAACUCUUAGGAAUUUCCCAAUUGAAAAACUUUAUGGAGAGGUGGUCCUGUUGUGACUUGAUUCUGUUCUUCUUUUGGAUCCUCUAGGAUUAUUUAGUUGCUCACUGAAAAGGACACUGUCAACUAUCAAAUACCUGUACAAAGCAGGAGGGAAAGUUCUUCUAGUUACCAGUCCCCCAGUCUGUUAAUCCAGUGUUCAAGUCAAUCAAAUCUUUUGCAGCUAACUUAUCCAGAACAGCUUCUUUUGUUCGUUCUUGAUAACUGAAAAUAAUCUGUCAUAAAUGCUGAUAGUCAGACUAUAUGUCAGCGCUUCUUCAAGUAAAGGUCAUCCCGGUGGAUGGUGUCCCUUGUUUAACAUCAUGUAAGAAGGAAGAAUGGGUGCAGAAUGAUAUUAUCUUGUUUGAAAAUCUUUUGAACUUCAGGGGAGAAAAAUGCAAACUGCAAUAAUUUUUCUCAGAAGCUAGCGUCAGAUUCACGCAUCAACGGUUGGCAUCACUCGUUUCUGCUAUGCAUCUCUUGCUGGUUUCCAUUUUGAGGAGGAGCUUAUGCAAUCGCUAAAGAUCAAUGACACCACAAGGCGCCAUACAUAGCAAUAAUUGGAGGCAGUAACUUCUUGAGAAAGGCACCUGCACCGCAUCUGUUAGCCUUCAACGCGAUGGGUUGUUUCUUGUUGGAAAGUUAUCAUUUCAAAUAAUGAAUGGCCUUGGAAUUCCAGUGUCCUCCUGUUUGCUAGAAAAAAAUGCAACCAAGGAAGUGUUACAACUUAUUAAAAUAGCCCAUAAUAGGAACAUUCCUAUUUAUUAUCCAACAGACCUGUGGUGUUUGAACAGCAACAAUAAUGAACAACUCGAAAUAUUUGACUCA